ACUCCUUUGCCUAUUCAUCUCUCUCUCUCUCUCUGUACCAACCUUCGCACCUCUCUCUCUCUCUCUCUCUCUCUCUCUCUCUCUCUCUCUCUGCGCAUCAUGAAUUCCUUAAAAGUCAAGCAAGAAUAGAACCCACCAACGGCUUUUCUCUCUCUCUCUCUCUCUCUCUCUCUCUCUCUCUGAGGCAAAAGCACAAACACACAACAGGCAAUCACAACAGAGAAAAAGCGCCGCACGGAAUUACAGAUAAGAGGCCUUUCAUCACUCCACGCCAUAAUCCACCCAGAAAAGGCAGCCGCCCAAGCGCCACCACCCAGUUGAGUCUACCAUUGCAUCCCCCCCCCCCCCCCCCCCUAUCUCUCUCUCUCAAUUUGGAGACGAAUUCGAGAAAUAAAGAGGGGGAGAGAAGAAAACUUUCUCCAGCAUGGUAAUCAGCAGAAAUAAUGUUCCCAAUUCGCCCUUCGGCCAACUGGGCGUCGACCUCUCCGAAUCCGACCUCCGGGAAACCGCCUACGAAGUCCUCAUCGCCGCCUGCCGUAUCACCGGCGGCAAGCCUCUCACUUACAUAUCGCAGUCUUCGCUGAAGGCCGCGCAGCCGGAAAGGUCGUCGUCGGCGCCGUCGCUGCAGAGAUCGGUGACGUCCACGGCGGCGAGCAAAGUGAAGAAGGCCUUGGGGUUGAAGAAGCGGGCUCACAACUCGGCGGGUCAGGGUCCCGACCCAGCGGGUUCGGGCAAGCCCAAGAGGCCAGUAACCGUUGGCGAGCUGGUUCGGGUCCAAAUGCGCGUUUCCGAGCAGACCGAUUCCAGAAUCCGGCGAGGGUUGUUGAGAAUUGCUGCUGGGCAGCUUGGAAGACGUACUGAGUCAAUAGUUCUACCACUAGAACUGUUGCAACAAUUCAAGUCUUCAGAUUUUCCUAGUCAGCGAGAAUAUGAAGCAUGGCAGAAAAGAAAUCUAAAGAUUCUUGAAGCAGGACUACUCAAGCAUCCUCACCUGCCUUUAGACAAGAAAGACACUGCUCCACAACAGCUCCAACAGAUAAUCCGUGGGACCUUGGAAAGGCCCAUAAAAACUGGAAAGCAGAGCGAAUCCAUGCAAGUUCUCCGUAGUGCUGUCAUGUCUCUUGCUUGCAGAUCAUUUGACGGGUCUGUCUCUGAGAUGUGCCACUGGGCAGAUGGAGUUCCAUUUAAUCUAAGACUCUACCAAAUGCUUCUGGAAGCUUGCUUUGAUAUAAAUGAUGAGACCUCCGUUGUGGAAGAAGUUGAUGAGAUUUUGGAACUCAUAAAGAAGACUUGGAUAAUUUUUGGAAUAAACCAGAUGUUGCAUAACAUUUGCUUUGCUUGGGUGUUGUUUCAUCGUUAUGUUGAAACUGGACAAGUUGAAGAUGACUUACUCAUUGCUGCUAAUAGUCUAUUGGUGGAAGUUGAACAGGAUGCAACAACAACAAAGGAUUCAGUUUAUUCGACAAUCUUAAGUUCAAUAUUGAGUCUGAUUUUGGGUUGGAUGGAAAAGAGGCUUCUUGCUUACCAUCAUACCUUUCACAGCGGCAAUAUUGAGUUGAUGCAAAUAGUGGUAUCUAUGACAGUAUUAGCAGCUAAGAUACUGGUGGAUGACAUCUCAUUUGAGUAUCGCAAGAAAAGGAAAGAAGUUGACGUAGCACUAGACAGGGUUGACACCUACAUCAGGUCAUCAGUACGCUCUGCUUUUAAACAGAAAAUGGAGAUUAUAAAAUCAAGCAAGCGGUCAUCUAGAAACCAGCAAAAUCCUCUUCCUGUCCUUUGCAUUCUUGCACAAGACAUUACUGAACUGGCUCUUAAUGAAAAGGAGAUAUAUAGUCCCGUUUUGAAGAGAUGGCACCCCCUUGCAGCAGGUUCAGCUGUAGCCACUCUUCAUGCUUGCUAUGGGAAUGAGCUGAAGCAAUUUGUGUCAGGUAUCAAUGAGUUGUCACCUGAUAUUGUACAAGUGUUGCUAGCUGCUGAUAAGUUGGAAAAGGUUCUUGUUCAAAUUGCUGUUGAAGAUUCGGUAGAAAGUGAGGAUGGGGGGAAGGCAAUAAUACAGGAGAUGACUCCUUAUGAGGCCGAAGCUGUGAUUUCCAAGCUGGUAAAGGUGUGGACAAGGACCAGAGUGGACAGACUUAGGGAAUGGGUUGACAGGAAUCUGCAACAAGAGGUAUGGAGCCCACGGGCGAACAAAGAGCGGUUUGCUCCCUCUGCUGUUGAAGUUCUACGAAUAAUAGAUGAAACCGUGGAAGCGUUCUUUUUGUUGCCGAUAACAAUGCACUCAACAUUGCUCUCUGACUUGAUGGGUGGUCUUGACCGAUGUCUCCAACAAUACAUAUUGAAAGCAAAAUCUGGCUGUGGAAUCCGAAGUACUUUCAUUCCCGCUAUACCUGCCAUGACAAGAUGUAGAACAGGAUCAAAAUUACAUGGUGUGUUUAAGAAGAAAGAAAAGUCGCAUAUGGCUCAGAGGAGGCGACCUCAGGUUGGGAUUAUUGAUGGAAAUAAUUCAACUGGGAUAGUGCAGUUAUGCGUUCGCAUUAACACAUUGCAGCACAUUCGAGCACAGUUGGACAGUUUGGGGAAGAGGAUAAUGAAUCACCUCAGGAAUUGUAACCCCAACAUUCAUGUAGAUGAUACUGCCACUGGAAUGGGGAAAAGGUUUGAGCUUUCAGCAGCAGCUUGUGUGGAAGGGAUCCAACAACUUUGUGAGGCAACUGCGUAUAAGGUCGUUUUCCAUGAUCUAAGUCAUGUUCUGUUGGAUGGUCUGUACGUGGGAGAAGUUUCUUCCUCUAGGAUUGAACCCUUCCUCCAGGAGCUCGAACAAUUUCUGGAGAUCAUUUCGGAAACAGUGCAUGACAGAGGGCGCACGCGUGUUAUUACUGACGUGAUGAAAGCUUCUUUCGAGGGAUUCCUGUUUGUCUUGCUUGCUGGAGGCCCAUCUCGAGCAUUUAGCAGGCAAGAUUCUGAUAUCUUGGAGGAGGAUUUCAAGUCUCUGAUGGAUUUGUUCUGGUCCAAUGGGGACGGAUUGCCAGUCGACUUGAUCAAUAAGCUAUCAAUCAACGUGAAGGAUAUCCUUCGCCUCUUCCAUUCCGACACCGACAGCCUUAUCGAGGAAUUCAGACAAGUUACUCAGGAUAGCUAUGGUUCUUCUUCAAAAGCCAGGCUCCCGCUACCCCCAACUUCAGGUCAGUGGAGUUCAACCGAACCAAACACGAUUUUGCGAGUUUUGUGUCAUAGGAACGAUGAGAUUGCUACCAAGUUCCUUAAGAAAACAUACGACUUGCCGAAGAAGCUGUAACUACUUACUACAAGCCCUUGGGGAUAAAUAACAGAUACCACAUUUAGGAGCCUUAGUUCCGACCAUUGAGCUUAGUUAGUUAUAGCCCUCAGCGCAAGUGUAAGUGCUUUUUUUUUUUUUCCCACUUUUAUAUCUCAGGCUUGUUGACAAAUUGCAGGAUAGAGAAAGAUGAGUUUGAAUAUUGUGUCAGGUGUGCUUUGUGCAACUUUGUAUUUCGCUGAUUGAUGAUGUCUAAUAGUUGAAAGAGCUUGUAUUUAUAUUGCAAAUUAAAAGCCUUUGCUUUGAUA